UUGAGCGUCCGCUGUGAAGCAAUUUAUGACUCGACCCAGAUCUUUUGAAUAGCUCUGACAGUGCAUCCUGUGGUUCAGACCGAUUCUCGCCUGUCAGCAGCUCUUAGCCUGUAGUGGGCUUUUCAGUCGAGCGAUCGAUCCUCCACUUUCAACGUUUGAUAUCUUCAGCAUGACAUGAUGAGCUCGACGCCUUAAGGGAUGAUGAUCCGUGGAGUGGUAGAGAGCUCUGGCCUUGUGAGGAUCUGUAUUCGAUGUCCUAGGAUCCACCAGUUCAACGCUUCUUCGUCAUCUCACGCCUCGCAAUGGCGGUCCGUCCCCCUUUCCAGUCCCAGUCAAAGUUAUGGCUAUAGUCGGAGGAGCUUUGCGACGAGUGACGUCGCAUUCUUUCCUGAGUCUGAGGCCGAACGCUUCGGCUUGGGCUUAAGUCCUCGUGCACAAGGCAGUCCUCAAAGGCCGCAACCGCAGGCACGCUAUGCCCGUGGUCGGAAUGAGAGGUUUUCUCAAGAGGGAAAGUCAGCCGUCCCGUCGAGCUCUAGGAAACCGCCAGGUCGUACUUCAAAAGACCCGCUCGACUCUCAGGGACCUCGACGGCCCUCUCCAUUGGGAGAUGGACCUCGCGCUUCUUUAGAUGGCCCAGAUUCCGCUUUACGAGGAAUUCAGCCUGGCUCUGGUCUUCCGGCUCAUCGACCAGGGCACGAUCGCUCACAGCCAAACUCUGCUCAGGUGGGCCAGCGAGACCCUGCAAACCGUUCCGGUGAUCCGUCUUACGCCAACGAUACAAGAACUGGCAGAUCUUCUGGCUCUGAUCCAGGAUUGAUGAAACGUGUCGAAAAAUCAUCUCCUCGAUUGCCCUUCACGAGGGCAUCCGAAUCAGGCCUCACAAAGAGCUUAAACAACAAAGAGUCAAUCCGUCGAACGGUUAAAGAGAGAUCUCCGCCCGCAGUCCGACUUGACGGCCUAGCUGGGGAGCUGAUGCUACGGGGCAUGGCGAGUGAUACUUUAGCUGAAGCCCUGAAUACCAGCGAGGAACAUUACACGCAUCGACAUUUAGGUCGCAAGGUGGACUUCUCCAACAUGCCUCGGCAGCCUAAAUUCAAAGACGGUCAGAAGAACGUGCUGACUCCCUCGUCUUAGACCAAGUUCUUUCCAGUGGACACCGAAAAAAUCCUUCCAAUCUCUCCAAAGCUCACCAAAUCCACUGUGCAUCAUCCUGCUUUCAUUCUUCGCGUCCUCAAUAGACGAGACACUCCUCCACCCUCUCGUCCCUUCC